GCCUGAGUCCGGGCUCUGGAGCUGUUUUGUUCCUCUGCUCAUUCCCACAUGUUCUUGUUCGUGUUUAACGUGAGAAAUGAGGCUCAAACUCCACCAGAACGAGACAAAAGAGGAAGAUUUAGGACAUUAAAGCGACACAAACAUGGAGCAGAGGGUCAUUCUCUUUGUGCUGCUCUGGUGCUGGUGCUGGACCCGAGGGACCGGAGCCAGAGUGCUUCCUCCAGAGAAUGUGACUCUGCUCUGUCAUAACAUGCAGAACACCCUCCACUGGACGUACACGCCACCGACUGAUGGUGUAAAGUUUAAGGUGGACGUCCUGUCAACUCAAAGGAAACCCGUGUUGCUGUGGGUGGAGUCGCCUGCCACCUCCAUAGACCUGUCUGAGUUCUCCGAACCGGAUAACGAGUACAUGGUGCAGGUGUCGGCGGUGAGGGACAGUGAGGAGUCCGAGCCCGUCCCCGAGGAUGGGAUUGAGUAUAGCUACUUCCAAAACUCCGGCACACCACUGAUAUGUAACGUGGACUUCCCUUUAGUCGACGUGACGAGAGACGACCAGCUCCUCCACUUCAGCUUCACCCACCCAGGACUCCUGUAUCCCCCUAGUGGCAAACACGCGAACAUGCGACGACUCCACAGGUUUCACUACCACGUCCAGCUCAUGAACCAGGAUUGGGAAAAUACGUACAGCUGCUCAGAGAGUUUAUGUCGGGGGAAACUUCCGAUCUUGGACGCAGAGAAAAGUUAUUGUUUGAAUAUUUAUGGAGAGAUGAGAAAGAUGUCAGUCCAACCCACAAAGACGUACUGCACCGAGCCUCAGAAAGCAGCAGGAAUCAGUGUUCUUUUCUACGUGUUACCUCUCGUCGUGGCAGGUGGCGCUCUUCUCGUCGGUGUAAUGGUCUUUGUCAAGCAAACGAGGCCGAUGACACUCGAUACAAAAGCUCUGGACUUUACAGGGAGGAGGAGUGUUCCUCAGCAGGACCAAACAUCACUUGUGACCUCAGACUGUUCUUCAGUGCACGUGGAGCGUCCAACCCGUGUUACUGUCCUGCCACCAAACCUGACCUCGCCCUCCGCCCCUCUCCUCACCCAAACCCAGGACACGUCAAGUGACAGUAGCACAGGCUCAGAGGACAUGAGACUACCUCUUGGAAUACCAGGCAAUGAAAACGAACCAGAGUCUGAAGGAGCAGCCGGGGAGCAGGAGGGGGCGCUAGGGGACGGCUACACAGAGGGCAAGUACUUGGAUGGAGAUGAUGAUGAUGAAGAUGAGGAAGAAGAGCCACAAUCCCAUGCAUACGAGCCACACAACAUGACUGUACUGAGCCAUGAUUCAGACUGAAGCAACACGGGGUGACUUCCCCAAAACAAACAGCAUGAAAUGUAAUAGUGGGAUUGUUACAGAGACAUGAGCGGUCUCAAGACCCCCCACCAAAGGCUCUGACCCCCCACCAAAGGCUCUGACCCCCCCACCAAAGGCUCUGACCCCCCACGAAAGGCUCUGACCCGCCCCACUCGCUCCAUCCUCCUGCCUGAAAAUAUUAGAACAGGAAUAACACAUAUAGAAAAGUGCCGUGCUGACCAACCAGGAGAGUCAGGACCAGGGGAUUAGACGGAGGGACAAAGGGGUCUGUUGUCUCAGGCCCCACGGUUUUAGGGGCCCAGAACUGUGCUGUGUGUGUGUUUGUUUUCAAAUGUUUUAAUUUUAUAGUAAUAAUAAUUUUAUACAGUUUUGUUUGGACAAUUGGAGCAAAACUGACUGUAUUUUAAAAGGUAAUGUCACUUUAAAUGAGAGGGUUUGGUUUUAUUUGCACCUUUAGAUUUGACCAGAAUCUUAACCUUAAAAGUGCUUAAUACAUUAAACUGUAUAAAACAUCAUAGAACAUAAAUACAUAAAUACUGUUCUGGCAUCUGGAAAGACCCAAAACUAAAACUCCAGAGUAAAUAAUUUGUACUUCCAGUUCUGUUGCACUGAAAUUUCUCUCAAGUUCAACUAAAACUAGUUUUCCGCAGUAAGAGCUGGCAUCCUGCAGGCAGGAUCGGUCCAGCCUAUAAGUGGACUAAGCAACUGCUUAGGGGCCCGAGGCCACCAGGGGGCCCCCAAGAGCCCAUACUAAUAUUAAUAUAACAUGUAAAGUUUUAUUGGAAACAGGGCUGGUGUGUUUACAGCAGCCUAAAUAUCCCUCUCAAACAAUUAAUUUUUUUUUUUUAUCUAUAGGAGCAAAAUAUCUGCUGUUGUAUGUGUUUUUGAGUCAGGCAAAGGUGUGGGCAACUAUGUGUUUACUCAGUGUAAGGACCCCUUACCCCGAGGUGUGCUGAGGCAGCUGAGGUACAUUUAAAUAGCUGCUUUACAAGUUAGAUUGAAAGUUAUCUAAGCUUAUGUGUAUCUAAAGUCUCAGGCAUCAAAAACACAUUAAGAUGAUUGUUUUGUGAAAGGCAGUUACAGGACUUGAAAUAUCCUGUUACUUAUUUCUUCCUCUAAUGGACAUGACCUGCCAAGAUAAAACAGUGAAGCGGAACGGUGAUAUAAUACUAAAAGUUAUAUAUCUGUGUCACGUGAGCACAGCAUGGUGAGUCUUGCUUUUGAUUGUUGGCUUUUUGUUUCACAGCUUCAGAUAGGCUCCUGUGAAUGUUUAGGCUCCUGUGACGUUUAGGCUCCUGUGACGUUUAGGCUCCUGUGACGUUUAGGCUCCUGACGUUUAGGCUCCUGUGACGUUUAGGCUCCUGUGACGUUUAGGCUCCUGUGGCUCCUGUGACGUUAAGGCUCCUGUGACGUUUAGGCUCCUGUGGCUCCUGUGACGUUAAGGCUCCUGUGACGUUAAGGCUCCUGUAGCUCCUGUGACGUUUAGGCUCCUGUGACGUUUAGGCUCCUGUGACGUUUAGGCUCCUGUGACGUUUAGGCUCCUGACGUUUAGGCUCCUGUGACGUUUAGGCUCCUGUGACGUUUAGGCUCCUGUGGCUCCUGUGACGUUAAGGCUCCUGUGACGUUUAGGCUCCUGUGGCUCCUGUGACGUUAAGGCUCCUGUGACGUUAAGGCUCCUGUAGCUCCUGUGACGUUUAGGCUCCUGUGACGUUUAGGCUCCUGUGACGUUUAGUCUCCUGUGACGUUAAGGCUCCUGUGACGUUAAGGCUCCUGUGACGUUUAGGCUCCUGUGACGUUUAGGCUCCUGUGGCUCCUGUGACGUUAAGGCUCCUGUGACGUUUAGGCUCCCGGAGGCUGCUCCUGUUUCACAUGAUUAACGUUGAUGAACCACUGUCACAUUCGCUGGACGACUGAACGGCCUGUGAAGUGAGUCGUGACUGAUGAAUGCCUAUUGUAUAUAGACUAAUUGAAACUGCACAUUUAUGCUAAAUGUCUGCUAAUUAUGUAUGUAAAUUUAAAUAGUGGUCAUAAUAUAGUGACCACAGUUAUUCAUUUUUUGUCAGAGGUGGAUAGUACUCAGUUACUCCAGUUGGCUACAUUUACUUGAGUAACACUUUUUUAAAUUAAAUUGUUGUAGUAUUGUAACACCAUGGUUUUGCCCUACCCACCUCUGCAUUUUAUAAUGUAAAUGUAAGACCACUGUAGCCAACUGGAACACAUUAAAAUCCACCAGAAACCAGGAAAGAGGACCCCCCCAGACUCCCCUUUCAUGUUUGUCUACUGUUCUUGUGACACACACACUCUGACAAGCCGGCAUGGCCAGUUAUUGCUUCCAUAUUAUGUGCAGGAAAGGUAUUAACUGUUAAAUAUAUAGGCCAGUUUGAAGUGGAUUUCAGAAGCUGCACAGAAAUGCAAAUCUCAGGGUAAAGGUGUAAAUAGGGCAGAUGAAUCUUGCUUGUCCCUGUGGUGCUAUGAGUUUUGCCUUGUAUGUGCAUACUGUCCACAUCUUAUCUGUCUUAUGAUGUUACACUGGACAUGUGUCAAUCAUCGCCAUGUUUGUACAUUUUUAUUUGUGUGUUUUUGCCUUUGAUUAUUAAUGGUAUAUUUUUGUUUUUUAAGAAUGAAUGUUGUAGCAUCCUUGUAAAUCACUGUCCAUCAUGUUCAAACCUUGCUCUAUCAUUAAUAAUAAUUUCAUAAUUUCACAUUAUGUGUUACACCUCCUUCCUGUGUAGUUUGCUGCAUUUAUAAAAUAAUAGGUGCCAUGCUUUUUUACUUGGAAUUGAAUGUGUGUAUUUCUUUUCAACAUUACAUUUGUAGCUCACUGAUAAACUUGAGUAAUACUAAC